CAAAAUGAGUCAUCUACACAUGGAUAUGCGUUGGGUUAUGAUGCGUUUGUUUUAGAAAUCGUGCCCAUUAUUUACAUUUAAUGAAUCUCUAAACUGAAUAUUUUUCAGUUUGUAAGAAUCCUUAAACCAUUUGUGAACUCAUGGUUUCUUUUUUCAUGUUCACAUGUCUACAUCUUAUGACAAAAUAGGCAGCUUCCAUUGCAAAGGGGAAGUUUUUUUUUUUUACAUGGUUGACAACCCAAACCCUCAGAUUCGGUGCACUCACAAAACCAUUCAGCAAAGCACAGAAAAGACAAGCUGAGGAGCAAAAAGAGAACAUGAAUCAAAGCUCCUCGUUCUUCACAAUUGACUUUGGCUCAAUAUACGAUGAACUCAACUUCACAUACAACUACACAGAGUUCAUCAUCAACCCAGAUACGCAACCUUGCAGCCCAUUUUCCAUCCCGGAUGCAGCUGCGAUUUUCAUCACCCUCUUUUACAUCGUCAUCUUUCUUCUGGCCAUACCCGGAAACCUGGUGGUGGGCCUGGUGAUCGGUCUCAGCAAGCAGGCACUUCCCCCUUCGGACCUCUACCUCCUGCACCUUGCCAUUGCCGAUCUUCUGCUGGCUAUCACUCUUCCGUUCUGGGCCACCUCUGUCUCCAAGGGAUGGAUUUUUGGAGAUGUUUUGUGCAAAAUAAUCACCAUUAUCCAAGAACUCAGCUUCUACUCCAGCAUCCUCUUCCUGACAUGCAUCAGCAUGGACCGCUACAUGGUCAUCGUCCGAGCCAUGGAGGCCCGUCGGUCCAACCGGCAGCUGGUUAGCUGGGCCAUCUGUGCUGCGGUCUGGGCCGUCGGAGCUCUUCUGUCCUUGCCGGGCCUCCUGUACUCGUCAUUCUCCUCCUCUGGUCACAUGGUGUGCGCCGAGUACUACGACCCACGCAGUGCGGACGAGUGGCGCCUGGCUACGAGAGUCCUCCGCCACUCCCUUGGUUUCGUCAUCCCGCUGACCAUCAUGAUACCCUGCUACGGUGUCACCAUCCAGCGCCUCUUUCGCAUUCGCGGCGGGUUCCAGAGGCAGCGAGCCAUGAGGGUGAUUGUGUUCGUGGUGGUGGCGUUCCUGCUCUGCUGGACGCCGUACCACAUCGCGGUGAUGACAGACACCUUCUUCCGGGCAAAGAUAGUGCAGUACCAGUGCCCCGCCCGGAUAGCGGUGGAUCAGGCCAUGCUCGCCACCCACAGCCUGGGCUUGUUGCACAGUUGCGUCAACCCCGUGUUGUAUGCUUUUGUGGGAGAGAAGUUCAGGCGGAGGUUGCAACAGCUUAUGAGGAAGAUGGGCAUCCUGGAGCGAACGUCGGUGUCAAGGACGAGCAGGUCUUCGCUCACAUCUGAGACCCCGUCUACGUUCAUGUGAAGAAGACUAAAGGGACUCUUAAUGUCUAAUGUCAAUGUUAACCCAAUGGACCUUUACAAAAAUAAUUAUUUCAUGCUAGGUGGGGGGGAUAUGUGUAAUGGAAUGGAAGUGCAAAACCUAAGAAAUUGUGAAAGAUUUCAGGAAACAACAUAAAAACACUCCUGAAACACUUAUAUAUUGCAAAAAAGAAAUUAACAAAUAACAAAACUCUUAUAUUUCAAGACAAGAUAAACUACAAAUACGAAACACCAGGAAAGGAGAAGUCGCAUUUAACAGACAUUCUUAGAAAUCCCACUGCGUUUCCUAGAAAAAAAGGGGGAAGAGUAGGCUUCGCAGACGUAAUGCGAUGUCAAUUCUAAAUAGCCAUUGUAUGUACUGUUAUAUACGGAUAAUCUGAACACCAAGCCUGUACAGAGGUUUAAUGAUGUAUAUACAAUAUAUUGUACUCAAUCACAUUUCUUAAACCAUACAAAAGAUAGAUUAAGACCUAAGGAAGAAGCAGGAGAGAAGACAGGAUGCUUGGAAGAAUUAAGGGGAAAGUGUGGAUAUUUGCAAGGAAGCUGGUGGCUCCAUUCACGCUUAAGUCAGGUCACACUUUUUCAUCGACAGGCACAUCAAACUAUAUAUAUAUAUAUAUAUAUAUAUAUAUAUAUUCAUACACACACAGACACACACACAUUUUCUCACCGCUUAUCCCCACAAGGAUCGCAGUAUAGAUAGGCUCCAUCUUGCUAGGGACCCUUGUGAGGAUUAGUUGUACAGAAAAUGGAUGGGUGGAUAAUCCUCGACUGGAUGAUUUUAUCCAAGACUUCCAAAACAUUUUACUGCCCCCUCAAGAUCAAUUGUAUUAAUUAAACCAUGAGUGAUGAGCUGACUCCAUAUUGUAUUCUGUCAGUUUCAAUUAGACCUCAUAUAAGAAGAGAAAGAAAACAAUCUCAGCAAAUAAAGUUGUCAUACAUGGCUUUUUCUUUGUGUGUGUUUGUGCAGUACAGUGCAGCGUAUGAAAUGAUUUUCAAGAUGACUGAAAUGUUACUAUGACAACGGGAUAUUUGAAAAUAGUCUUGUUAACAAGCAAUGCACACUUUAAUCACGUAAAUGUUCCAUUUUACAUUGUAUUGUAUAUAAGAAUGUAUAUAUGUCCAGCCACCAGUUGUUUAUGGCGUAUACCUACAUUUGAAAUUAUGACAGAUUCUCGUAAUAAAAGUUAAAU